CUGCGUGGUGGGAGGUGGAGGUCCCGGCUCCCGGCUGAGACCGCCGGUGGCCGACAUGAUUGCAAUGCAGGCCUUAGGAUUUGAACCAAAGAAAGAAGAAGUUAAACAAUUGAUAGCUGAAGUCGACAAAGAAGGAACUGGCACCAUUAGUUUUGAAGACUUUUUUGCCAUAAUGAGUAUAAAAAUGAAUGAAAAAGAUGAAAAGGAAGAACUGCUGAAAGCUUUCAAAUUAUUUGAUGAUGAUGAUACUGGAAGCAUAACAUUAAAUAACAUCAAGAGGGUUGCUAAGGAACUGGGGGAAAAUUUAACAGAUGACGAACUUAAGGAAAUGCUUGAUGAAGCUGAUCAUGAUGGGGAUGGAGAAAUAAAUGAGGAAGAAUUUUUGAGAAUGAUGCAAAAGACCAGUCUUUAUUAA